CCCUCGCCCCAUCUGUCACCCCCGAGCCCCUGCUGUGCGGGUCACCAGUUGUGUCCAGUCGGAUAGUUGGAGGGAUGAAUGCUGCAGAAGGACAUUGGCCCUGGCAGAUCAGCCUAAUGUACCAAGGUUCCCAUAUUUGUGGAGGGUCCCUGAUCUCCAGGGAGUGGGUAAUGACCGCUGCACACUGCUUUGAAUACUCUACGGCACCGUCAUUCUACCAAGUGCGCCUGGGAGCGUACAAGCUUUCGCUAACCAGCCGUCAUGAGGUCACCUCCAGUGUGCAGAGUAUAACCAUACAUCCCCAAUACACAGGACCAGGGACAUCUGGAGACAUUGCUCUAAUAAAGCUAUCCAGCCCGGUCACCUACACAGAAUACAUCCUGCCCGUCUGUGUGCCCUCUCCGUCUAUGACCUUCCCUGAGGGAAUGGAAUGCUGGGUAACUGGAUGGGGGGCCACCACAUCUGGAGUAAACCUGCCGUAUCCAAGGACCCUGCAAGAGGUGAUGACCCCCAUCAUUAGCAAAACCACCUGUAACCAAAUGUACCAUCUCUACUCCGCGGUCAGCAAAAACCUCCCCAUAAUCCUAGAGGGACAGAUAUGUGCUGGGUACAAAGCAGGGCAGAAGGAUUCCUGCCAGGGCGACUCUGGCGGGCCCCUCGCCUGUCAAGUGAAUGGCGUCUGGUACCAAGCUGGCAUUGUGAGCUGGGGUGAAGGCUGUGCUGACCCAAAUCGCCCUGGAGUGUACACGCUCGUCUCUACGUACCAGCCCUGGCUCUCUUCCUAUAGAGCAACAAGUCCUGAGUCCAGGUCUUCAUCUGCUUUAGUCUUAUCGAUCUUCCUUCUUGUUGUAUGUUUAAGUUUUCACAUUUCCAGAUCGGAGGAGGUGGACAGGAGGGGUGUGGCGGUGCCAGAAGCCAGGAGAGGUGAGGUGGCGGAACAGCUGGAGCCGGUUACGGAGCCGCCUCUGGGCCUGGAGGCCAGUGGUAACUUCGAUGAGGAGGAUGAUCCGUUAGAGGGCACAUCGGCGGGACCUGGCUGGCCAGGUAGGGGAUCUGUCUGCUCUGGCGCAGCUUCUGCAGUUGUUGUCUCCUCCAUGGAGAGCUGGGGAGAGGGGCAAGGGAAUGUAGAGAGUGGGGCAGGAGUUAGCAGGGAAGGGGAUAGGGAGGAUCUUUAUUAUGUGUCUCCCUCACAGCCAGCAGGGGCGGAGAGCAGAAGAGUGAGUGGUGUCUUGUCCACUGUCAGAGCUGGGGUGUCCAGCGGAUGCCGGAGGUCGAGGUCCCCGCUGAGACGGCCUAGCGGGGGUGGCCGAAGUACUUCUCCGACGUGGGGACGGAUGGAGAGAGAUCCAGGGCGGAGCAGACACAGCAGGGGGCGUUCCCCUGCAAGGCGGGACAUUGUAUGCAGGAGGCUCAACACCAGCAGAGGCCGGGAGAGUGACAGAGAUCGUAGAAGGGAGCCUGUGGCGGAGCGAGGGAGUGAUCCAGUGACGGGCCAGCAGCCAGCAGGACAUAGCAGACCUGAGUCUCCGGUGCUGUGUAAAGGACAAAUCAUUUCUCAGGUCAAAAAUACAAUGGAACAAAAUACACUUGCUGGACUAUGUCUGUUAAUAUUGGGAAUUAUCCAAGUGGCACAGGCAACAGUCUCUCCCUCCCCCUCUACGUCUGUCACAACAACAACUUCUCGUCCAGUAUGUGGCUCUCCCCUGAUCUCCAGUCGGAUAGUGGGAGGUACCAAUGCAGUGGAAGGGAAGUGGCCAUGGCAGAUCAGUUUGAAAUACCAGGGGUCUCACAUUUGUGGGGGGUCUCUGAUCUCUAACCAUUGGGUGAUGACAGCAGCACACUGCUUUGAAAACUCUGUACUGGCAUCAUUGUAUAAAGUUCGUCUCGGUGCCUAUCAGCUCUCCCUAACCAAUGCACAUGAGGUCACCUCUGAUGUAAAGCGCAUCAUAGUUCAUCCUAAUUAUACAACCGCUAAUUCGUAUGGAGACAUCGCUCUGCUAGAAUUAUCAAGUCCUGUCACAUACACAGAUUACAUCCUACCUAUCUGUGUGCCAUCAGCAGAAAUCAGCUUCCCAAAUGACAUGGAGUGUUGGGUAACUGGAUGGGGUAACAUCAAGUCUUCAGAGAACUUACCAUAUCCUCAGACCCUACAGGAGGUGAUGACACCGAUUAUCAGCCGCAGUUCAUGUGACGCCAUGUACCACAUUGGCUCAGGCAUCUCUAGCAGCGUUACCAUAAUUCUUGGAAGUCAGAUCUGUGCUGGAUACCAAGCUGGGCAGAAGGACUCUUGUCAGGGAGACUCAGGUGGACCCCUCGUCUGUAAAAUAAAUGGCAUCUGGUACCAAGCUGGCAUUGUGAGCUGGGGAGAUGGAUGCGCUGAGGAAAACCGCCCCGGAGUUUAUACCCUCGUCUCUGAAUUUAAUUCUUGGCUCAUAUCAAAUAAAGCAAUUACUUCUGAUUCCACAAAAAACCCUUAUACAGGUUCAUCAUCUCCCAGUGGCUCUGCACAUACGCUCAUUGUUUCAGCCGUUCUGCUUGGUAUCUGCUUUUUGUUACAUAUCUAGUGCAAAGUGAGGGAGUAAAUGAGGCAAUCGUUCCUUUCUAUCUGACAUUACUUGCACAUGAAUUAUAGGACUGAAAACUUUAACAGACACUGACAUCGUCUCUAUGAAUAAGAUCUAGCUCAUGAUGCCCACAUGAAAGUAAGACAUCUAAAGGUAAUCAGAAUAUGAGUUCACUUGGAUGACAAACAUACAAUACUGUAUGAGCAUUCACUGGACGCUUCUAUCGCUCCAGAACUCUAAGACUUAUGCUGAUGCAUGUGUGAGGGACAAGGAGUCAUUAUAGGAACAUAUUUAAUUAAAAUCAUUAUUUCUUUA